AUGACAACCAAGAAGAGGCUCAUCAGUUCUUCCUUCCCUUCAGAGGAUUCUGUGCUCAUUAUAGCAAAGGAGGUGCUUCUUCAUGAUAUUGACAUAGCAAGUGCAAUUGUUGACUACAUAACAAACAACUCCAUUGCAAAUAUAGUCAUUGGAGCCUCUGCAAGAAACACCUUCCUCAAGAAGUUUAAGAGCACAGAUGUGCCAACGACACUACUUAAAACAACUCCAGAUACAUGUGGUGUCUUUAUCGUGUCUAAAGACAAGCUCUUAACAAGCAGAUCAGCGAGUAGACCUCAUACACCUCAACACAAUCCCCAAACACCUUCAAAACAACCAUUAAUCUCUAUGUUGUCUGAUCCUGGCCCUGCAAGCUUCACUUCCUCCACUGAAUCCGGAAGGCCUUCAUUAAACGGAGACAUUUCUACACAUACAAAUCAUUACAAGCCUUCUCAUAAUAUGAGUUCUCCAGCAGAUUUAAGCAAUGAAUUGUCUUCAAACCGUCACAGUGUUGAAUCAAAUGCGAGUUUCUACAGCAUCACGGGACGAUCCACAUAUGGAGGAAGCUCCCACUCUUCCACUUCCAUGUAUGAUACAACUGAUGGAGACGAAGGCCGCUUAUCUGGGGGUAAUAUCACUGAACAUGAGAAUCAAAAUCUUGAACUAGAGGUGAGAAGAUUGAGACUUGAACUGCAACAGUUUAAUGCAACCAUGGGGAGAGAAACUGUCCCUCCUAGAGCUGAAAAGCCGGAGGAAGCAAAGGUAGCAAGAGAGAUGCUUAGGGAAUUGGCUGAGAUGGAUAAGCAGAAAUCACAGAGUGCGAUCCACGCAACCGAAAUGGCACAACGUCUUGAAGAAAUGGAGAAGCAGAAGAGAAGACUUGUGGAGAUGCAGGCCAAGUUCAAUGCAAAGAACAUGGCCAAUAACGUAUCUUACAGACGAUACAGCAUUAAAGAUGUGGAAGAUGCAACGGAUGGCUUUUCAGAUGAUCUAAAGAUUGGGGAAGGAGGGUAUGGUCCUGUGUAUAAAGCCCUUCUUGAAAACACUUCCGUUGCCAUCAAAAUCUUGAAGUCAGAUAUCUCAGAAGGCUUGAAACAGUUCCAACAAGAGGUUGAAGUUUUAAGUUGCAUGAGACACCCUAACAUGGUGAUACUUCUUGGUGCUUGUCCUGAGUAUGGUUGCCUUGUGUAUGAGUAUAUGGAAAAUGGAACGUUAGAAGACCGUCUCUUCUGUAAAGACAAUACUCCACCGUUGUCUUGGAGAGCACGGUUCAGAAUCGCUGCUGAGAUUGCCACAGGACUUCUUUUCCUUCACCAGGCCAAACCUGAGCCGCUAGUGCAUCGAGAUUUGAAGCCAGCGAACAUUCUGCUAGACAGACAUUUAAAUAGCAAAAUCAGUGACGUUGGUUUGGCUCGGUUGGUACCUCCUGCUGUUGCUGAUAGCUUCACCCAUUACCACAUGACUGCUGCAGCUGGUACAUUUUGUUACAUUGACCCUGAGUACCAGCAAACGGGAAUGCUUGGUGUGAAGUCUGACUUGUACUCAUUUGGUGUGGUGCUUCUACAAAUCCUCACAGCUAUGCCAGCAAUGGGUUUAAGCCAUAGAGUAGAGCAAGGAAUUGAGAAAAAUAGACUCAGAGAAGUUCUUGAUCCCAGAAUAUCAGACUGGCCUGAAGAAGAGACCCUGGUGCUAGCUCAACUGGCUAUGCAAUGCUGCGAGUUGCGGAAAAAGGACAGACCUGAUCUUGCUACCGUUCUGUUGCCUGCACUAAGCAAGCUAAGAGAGUUUGCAACAGAGGAUCAUGGCUCUGAUAGAACAUUUACUGUGUCACUUGCUCACAAUUCAGUUCCACGUUCCCCAAUAUCUUCCUCCUCUCAGACAGAGGAGGCAUACUGACACAAAAAGUGGAACUUCGACUUUAGAUCAAAGUGAAGAGACGUUGGCUAUCUUUGAGAUCUGCGAUGACCUUGCUCAGCUUAAGCAUCCGAUGCCAACAAGAAGAGGCGAUCACAGUAAUAAAGCUCAUGAGAAGGAAGUUGUUGUUUGUCUUUUAUUGAUUUCUGAUCCACCAAAAAGUUCAUUGUUGAUCUCCCAUAGUGUCGAAGUUCCUUAUCUUUUGUAUAUGAUUCAAUUUAUUGUUUGGUCUCUUGAA